GCUGCGAGAGGUUAAAGGCGUAGACGGUGGUGUCUUGGAGGAUGAAUUCUGGGUUUUUCGGUUGGAGGAUUAUCCAAACGAGGAAGAUUGUCAUCAAGACGAUGAUGAUGAAGCCGAUGAUUGCUCCACAGAUUCUACAGGCGGUUCCGCCUCCUCCACCGCCACCACCGUGGUUUCCGCACUCUUUGGUCGUCAUUGGUAUUAUGAAACGAAUCUAUUCCAAUACUUUGCCAUUAUGCUUCGUCGUGUGAUGGAUGGAGAAGAUAUUUCAUCAAGAUGUUGUCUGAAGGGAUAG